UGGGGAACACAUGUUGUGUGAUGAUAUCAAAUUCGAUACGUAAAACUUACGUGUAGUUUCAUUCUCACGAUCAAUGGUAUAAAAGGCGGUCUCUGUCCAGUCUCAAUACAAAGUAAACUCGUUCAUUGUGGAGUAUCUACACAACACAUACAUCCGGCAAUAUGAAGACCUUCCUCGUGUGUUCUGUCGUGAUUGCGGUCGCUCUGGCCAGAAGCCCACCCAUCUGUAAAUGCCCAAGGAUCCUAAGACCCGUCUGUGGCGAUGAUGGUUUCACGUACGACAACUCCUGCCUGAUGGAGUGCUCAGGUGUGCAAGCAGCAGAGAACCAGUUGUCUUGUUGUACCUGUAAUAAAAACUACGACCCAGUUUGCGGUACUGAUGGCCGAUCUUAUGGCAACGAGUGCUCGGCUUCCUGCAAAGGAAUUCGUGUCCUGAACAAGGGUGAGUGCCCCCGUCCUGCGAUUUGUACCGCGGAUUACAAUCCAGUAUGCGGCGUUGAUGGCGUCACCUAUGGAAACGCUUGUGGUGCUAGAGCAGCAAAUGUUGAGAUUGCAUCGGAGGGAGAAUGCCGUAAACCAUGUGCAUGUUUUCUAAUGUGGAAACCCGUCUGCGGCGUCGAUGGAAAAACCUACCCUAACGACUGUGUUGCCAAAUGCGAUAAUGUGGAAGUGGCCUCCGAAGGAAAGUGUCCGUGCAAGUGCACGAGAGAGAUGAACCCAGUGUGUGGAGAGGAUGGGAAUACAUACGACAACGAGUGCUUGGCCAAGUGCGAGGGCGUUGAAGUAACCAAGGAAGGAGAGUGUUAGAAAGCAGAGAUUAAAGGCAUCUUAUUCCUUUCACAACUCUUAGUUACAAUACUUAUGGAUUGUAUUUAAAAAUAAAGAUUAUUAAUAUCUA